GAGUGGGGUAUCACCAAGGGCACUAAGAAUGUUGCCUGGUAGUCCCCCAAAAUGGCUUCUCUUCUUUUUCCUUCUCUCCCCUCUAUCCCAAUUACCUAGUCUACUGAGUCCUCAAGUCUUCCUGAGAUACUCCUUUAGAGAGAGAGGAGGUUGUACACCCUGACCAAAUUUUCUAAUGUCAGCCAAGGAGUUUGAGGAUUCAGGAAUCCAGGGCUGCAGAAAAGAGGAAGUGAGUGAACAAGGAAGCAAAAUAAAAGGAGAGAAAAAAAAACAGUUAAUGAAUAUUGGGACCAGGGAGAAGCGAACUCAUUAUGAGGACCUUCUUAACCCUCAUUCACAAGAUCAUGAGCCUUGGAAGUAGGCUACAGCCUUUUAGGCAAUUUUGAGAUCCCACAGGAUACUUCUGAACUGGAAAAACUUUAGUGGUGAGAAAGUGGACUGUGAUUUGGGUUGUUCAGCUCUGUCUUAAAAUCUACAUCCAAUCCCUGGAUAGCAACCUUCCUCUCCAUCUCAUUCUCUUCAGAACCAGAACACCCUUUCCCCAUUCUUCACCAUGGCAACAAUAAGAGGACCUUUGUGACAAGACGAUGAUAUCUGACUUGGUAAAAGUCUAGAUAAGCAGUGGACACGUAUUUAGAUCAGAAAAAGAUGAAUUUUGAUCAAAAGGCUGUGAAGUUUUUGGCAAAUUUUUAUAUGAAUGGAGGCCAACAUUGGACCCAUGGUGGUAUACAGACAAGGCAAUCAACACCUCCCAGCGGGAAGAAAUUGACUCGGGGUCAUCCCUUGCGCCCCCAAUCUAUAGACAAGUGGGAAUCUACAAAGCUUCCAGUACCCCAGAAUCUUCAAAAACUCCACAUGGGAGGAGUCACCCUGGUGCAGGAUCCAGAACUUCUUCGGAUUAGAAAUGUAAAAGACUUCAGUAAAUGCAGAGCCAUGUGGGAUAUAGGCUUCGAAAGACGACCCCCAAUCCUGAUAGACAUGAAUACCCCAGGGCCAACCCAGUACUCUGUACCUGAUGUGAGCAUCCGGGAGUCUUCACCACAUCCCCAGUACAGCAUUAGCUGCAAGGCACCUAUCCGGGAUGGUGGUGGCCGCAGGGCAUGGCAAACUACCUGGUUCCAGAGUGAAAGCCCUUUCACACAGAAGGCAGACUUCCUCCGGGAAAAGAAGUGGCCAUCCCCAUUCCACUACACGCAGCCCUGCAGUCUAGGGCCCCAGCAGCCCUGCCGGCCCAGCUUUCCUGCCUUCACCUUUGGCCACAGGAGGCUGGUUUCCAAGGCUAAGGAAAUGCGACCCAGUCCGAAUACCUACAACGUUGUCCCAGGCUUUCAGCUUAAGGGUACUCGCUCUCCUGCCUUCUCUAUGAGUCGGGCCCAGAGUCUUAACACUUGGAUCAGUCCUGCUCGUACCCCAGGGCCAGCUGCAUACUAUGUUGAAGAUUCCUACAAUUCCCGAUAUCCAUCAACCCCAGGAGUCCUCAUCCAGGGUGAGCGCAGGCCUAAGAAACAUGAGACAGGGCCCUUCUGCUCCCUCUAGAGCCUUGGAAGCCUGGGGCCUUCAAGCCUCCCUCUUGAACCUGGAUCCCUCCCUGUGGCCUGUGCUAUACAUUAGAACGUGGGACCUCAGGAUCCUGGGCCACUUGAUAGAACCCAGAACCCAGAGGUUUCCCCUGGGUCCCUUCCUAUGCUCUGGAACCAUAAGCCUUGGUCUUAGAGCCCCAGCCCUGCCCAGGUCCAAUCUUGUGCCUCUCUUGUUAUAUAGUUAUAUAUUGUUUUUUCCUAGACUCUCUAUUCCAUUCAUGGCCACCAGUCCACACACAGAUUGAUAACUGACAUUUAGAAUAAGAUACAGAGCACACAACACAUUAAGCAUUAUGAGCAAAACCCACACAUUUAAAAAUUAAGGAUAACACAUAAUACAAAGUAGUGGGUGCUACGUUUUCUGUCUUCUCUUUUUUCUCUUUGGCUAUUUUUGUGGUUGUAUCCCAUUCUGUCUUUCUCUAGCCAUGAUCUCUUUCUAAAGCUGAGGUCAGCAGGCUUUCAGGGCCCCAGGCCCUCACUGAAGAGCUAAAGUGGGCAACUCCGCCCCAAGAAAUCCUGUAGAGCCAAAGGGAGAUGACGUGAGUGGGGACUGGGCAGACUGCAGCCAAAGCUGGCAGUCAUACCCCACACUAGGAGAUACUUUGUGUGAGUUAGAUCCCAAGGCUAAGGCCUGUAUAUUAGAUAUAUCUUUUAAAAACACAUUCCCUCUCUCCCUUCAUGUGAUAUGAGACUCUUCCAGUCAGGAGACAGAUCUCAGGGGAAGGCCCCUGCCACUGGGCAUCCUUGGCUGCUGUUUUUGGCUUGACCUGCCUUCGAGUAAUCACAAAGCCCCUGGGGGGUGCUACCCAAGGUAAGGGAAGGAACUUCAGGAUUGGGGAGUGAGUUGGUAGAAGUUCUGAGCAAGGUGUAUGUGCACAGAUGUGUCCAUGACUUGUUGGCAUGCUGUUUGUGUUCAGUAUUGAGUAAAGCACAUCUCCAAACUCCCUCUCUAGUUUGAUGGGAUCCCACCCUCUCCAUAAUCCCAACAACUGCCCUAGCUUAGAAGGGUAGAGAUAGACCCCAAAUGGAGCAGGCCUGCCUGGCAUAGGAGAGGGCAAGUGUUUGAGGAACUGGCACUUUUGAGUGGAAGCUUUGCUCUUAGCCAACACAUUCCAGAUUUCAUACAGGGAGUUGGGCUUGUUCUGUGGAUAAGGGAAUUCCUAGUCUAUACAAGUCUUGGUUCUCUUCUCUUGUAUUCUUGGAUAUCUGCCCUUGGCUGGGGCUGCUGCUGUGUGCUUGGGAGCUGCAGUGUUCUGGGUCCUGCUGGUUUCAGAGAGGUGAAAUGAGCAUGACUGGUCAAUUAUGAAAAGGUUCAGAGGAACAGACAGCAAUCCUGUGAAAACUGCAGGAGCUGUGACUGUCACUGUCAUGCCCCAAGGGGGGAAAAAAAACACAAAAUGGUACUAUUUGGAAGACAUGACCAAAAAUGAAGGUUUAUGGAAAAAGUUGAUAAAUUUUAAAUAUAAAAUCUUGGUUUGAACAAGUCAUCCUCAGUGAAGCAGUGACAACACAUUCUACACAUCAGCUGAGGGAGUAAAUGGAGCCAGUUCCAUCAUCUAUAGGAGAGACAAGGAAGUUCUCAAGUGGGGCUAAGGUACAUCCCCUGAUAAGCAGUGAUCGCAGUGAUGAUUGCAUCAUAACUUUUGAGCUGCAAGGAACCUCAGAGAAACCAUUUAGCCCAAUCAUUUUACCAAAGAAGGAACUGCAUUAGAGAGGUUGUAAUUUCAGUCACAUCAAAGUGGCCAAAUUGGGAUUUGAACUCAGGUUGUCAGACUACAAAUCCAGAGUUUUUUCUAUCAGGCAUGUGCCUAGUGUUCAAAGAGUCUUCCUAGAGUUAUAAAAGAGUAAUUCCAUUCUCCUACACUACUUUCCCCCCUCCCCCUUUAAACCCUUACCUUCUUAGAAUCAAUGUUGUGUAUUGAUUCUAAGGCAAAAGAGCAAUAAGGGCUAGGCAAUGGGAAUUUAGUGACUUGCCCAGGGUCACACAGCUAGGAAGUGUCUGAGGCCACAUUCAAAUCCAGGACCUUCCAUCUCCAGACCUGGUUCUAUCCACUGAGCCAUCUAGCUGCCCCCUGCCCUCCCUUAAGAGGACAUUCUGUCUUCUGAUUGCCCUAUUGUGCUACAGAGUUCUUAUAAGAUCAUCCAGUCUUCCUGUGGGCAAGGUCAGCUAGUCCAAUGCCCCUGCAAUUUCCCCACCAGACUCAUCAAAUCUAUUCCCCUUGCAAUAUUCCCAGUGAGUGGUUUCCCAGGCUUACUCUAAAGAUCUUCAGUAAUGGGAAACCUGGAAGCCACCCAUGCCACUUUUGCCCCAUCUCUAUUUUCCAGGUUGUUUUUCUGUGUAUUGAGCUGAAAUCUGACAUUCCUGUUUAUUUUAGUUCUGCCUUCUGAAGGCCAAGUGAAUCCCAAUUCCAAGUGAUAGUCUUUCAAAUACUUGAAUGCAUGUCCUCCCUAUGUCUUCUCCAGGUUGACUGUCCUCAGCCUUCAUGGCUUCAAGUUUCCUUACCACAACGAGGGUCCCCUUCCCCUGAACAUUACCCAACUUGUGGAUCUCCUUUUUGUUGGGCCAGAUUCUGGAUCCCAUAGCUCCAUGUCCAAGCUCUGUGUGUACCCUUAUUUCCCUCCAGAGGCUGUCUUGAGGCUAGUCUUUCCUCUUUCCAGGGCAUCUUUGAGGAGCCCACCAAGACAGAUCCUCUUCUCCAGAACCAAGGCUAGAAUCAAUUCCCUACAUCUUACUUCAUCCUGAGCUGCUAUUUCCAGAUGCCCUAUUUCAGCUCUUUCAGGCCCCUAUUUUGGGUUCUGAGAUUCCAAGCAUAACAACCUUUAGAAUACCAAAAGAAUUUGAUUCAGUGGGUCUGAAAAGUAGCCCUGAUUUCCCUAGCUCUUUGGUAGUUAGCCAGUUGGCAGAAAGCAAGUCCUAGGGAAGCACUUUGUAGUUUUUAGCUUGAGUAUCUUGCAGGGCUGUGCUCCCAAACUGAAGUCAGGUUGUGGCAUGACACAGGCUCUCCUAUGUGGAGUCCUCUGUCAAGAUCUACAGAAACAAGGCCACCUAGAAGCAAUGACAGCUGAGGGUGGGCAUGAGUUGGGCCGGACCCAGUUCCUUGGUGGAUACAGGCUCUGAACUUUCCUGCCUGGGAGUUGUUGAGCCCAGUCAACUCUGUGCCCAGAGAACUUCUCAGCAGUGUUAGCAAACGUUUUCAAGCUGUCUGUGAGCCCAUGCUACCUACUGGAGAGAGGUGAGGGAGAAAGUGCAUGCUUUGGGUGGCUGGACAGAGGGGUGGAACGGUCAAAUGUCCUCCAGCACUGGGAAGAGGGAGAAUGGAGCAGGUCUCCGAGUGCCGCUUCUGCAUGUGUGCCAUGUCUUCAUCAACUGAGGCUCUAGGGCAUCUUUCCAGACCUAAGCCUCCUGGACAGUGGCUUUCCUGGAUGGACUCUUUAAAGUCUAUAUCCUCAUUUCCUGCUUCCAGCUCUGUUCCUCCUUUUUGCUCUGAGAUUAGCUCAGACCCAACAUGAUUCCAUGUUGAUGUGCUUUUAUCAGAUUUUCCCUGGGCUGUAAAUACUUCAGAGUAGGAAUGAAGUCAUCCUGGGAGUGGCUGGGAGGAGCUGGAGGGGCAUAACCUUGGCUCUCCUUCCCCUGCUGGGGCCCCACAAGGAGAAACUGGAAAAGGAUGGAUGAGGGGAGGAGACAGGGGCUGGACCUCUGCAGCCAUCUGUCAGUACGGAUAUGCAGAUAAUGCCAACCUGGGUCUACCCAUUCAGUUCUACAAUCAGUCCUUUCAGGUAGGAGAAGCAUGAUUGGUCAAUCCUGAAAAGGUUCAGGGGAACAAGACAGCAAGCCUGUGAAAUCUUGCCUGAUCCCAAUUCAGGUCUCUUCUGUGGACACGUUCCUUCCCAGAAUGGGCUAUACCAGCCAUCUCCCAAUUUCCUCCCCACUGGGCCUGGGUAUCUAGUUACCUGGCUGCCUCAUCAACAGGACUGGCUUUUUUUUUUGUCUCUUCUGUCUUUUAUCAAUUCUAAGGCAGGAGAAUAAUAAAGGCUAGGCAGUUGUAGUUAAGUGACACACCUAGGAUCACACAGCUAGAAAGUAUCAGAGGCCAGAUUUGAAACCAGGCUGCCCCAUCUCCAGCCUGGUAUUCUUUCCACUGUGCUUCCUAACUUGGUUGGCUCUCCUUUUGAUGACUUCUGCCUGUGUGUACCUCCUCUAUAUACAUGCUCAUAUAGUGUAUGUAAUACACGCACCUGCACAAACACACAUCUUUGUUAAGGUGCACUGUUGGCCAAGAAUUAGUUUUCUCUUUAUUUGGCUAUGGGAAAAUAGAGGCUAUUGUACUCUCUCCAGCCUGGCAAGAAAUGAAGUAGGGGGUGGAGAGAGAGGGAGGGAGAAAGAUGGAAGAAGGGAGAGGGAGAGUCAGAGAUUCAGAGACAGAGGAAUGAAUAUUUAAGGGGAGCAGCAGGGAGGGAAACUCCUUCCAUAAAAUUAUGCCCAGUAGAUUAGAGGAGAUAAUUGCCUGCCAGUUUGGAUAGAGGGGAAAAGAGACAAUCUCUUCAUUGUCUCUGGAGAUAAUAAAUUCCUUAAGACUUGGGAAAAAGCUAGACGGAUAUACUAUGGCACAAUUUAAUGUAAUGGACUUAACUACUAGCAGCAAUGCAAUGACCCAGGACAAUUCUGAGGGACUCAUGAGAAAGAAUGUUAUCCACAUCCAGAGGAAGAACUGUGGGAGCAGAAACACAGAAGAAAAACAACUGCUUGAUCACAUGGGCUGAUGGGGACAUGAUUGGGGAUGUAGGCUCUAAAUGAUCAUCCUGGUGUAAAUAUCAACAACAUGGAAAUGGGUUCUGAUCAAUGACACAUGUAAAACCCAGUGGAACUGUGCAUCAGCUACAGGGGUGGGGAGGAGGGGAGGGAAAGAACAUGAAUCAUGUAACCAUGGAAAAAUAUUCCAAAUUAAUUAAAUAAAAUUUUUCAGAUUAAAAAAAAAA